AAUUCAAAUGCGCCAUCCAGUUGAGAAGCAACAGAAAAAAGCCAAAGGGUUGACACAAAUAACCAACUAGAUAAGGGGCUUCUCCUGGUCGGGGGUCUCCGUGUGCCUGGGCACCCCCUGCUGCCCCUUCACAGCUCCAGCCGUGCACCCUGUUAUGAGCCCGCUAAGCCUGAAUUGGCACAAGUGUGGCUGCUGCCCGGCUCGCACUCUUCACAGCCAGACAACCCAAAGGAGAUCUUAUGCCAAGGCGCCAGCCUUCUUCUGAAGCACCCUACCCCCCCUUGUUCCCCGCCAUUAUACCAGCCUGCCUGCGGGCAAACCCACAAGCUGCUUCUGUCAUUCCAGAUGUGUUACUCACGGGAAGUUACGCCGGACCCCCCAGAGGGAGUGGGGCAGGCGGCUCUGAGCUCUUGUUACAGCGCUAAGAGUGGCGGCGGUGGCAGUAACGUCACUGUCACCACUGACCUGUCCACCUUCGGCAGACUCCUGUCUAGUGGGGUCACAGACUGCCCUCCUAGCUGGGCACACGUCCCGACCCCCACAGGCAGCACGUGAGCCGUUUAGGCCGGAGUUAAAGACCCUCAGUGUGCGACCCCCCCCCCCCAUGUGGCCCACAUGCACGCCAUAAAAGGAACUUUGAUGACGAGGGCAGCUGGGGGGCACCGCCAUCUGUUAAAGGCAACAGGUGGGCAACACACAGGACGGCGGGGAGGCAGCAGCACACUGAUGGCACCACACGGCGGGCUACAAGGACUUCUGGGAGUGCUGCUCCUCUUGGCGGGCAGGCCAGCCUGUCAUGCCACCGAUGCCAAGCCCUGUCUGGCCGCUGGCCCUGCUUCUUACCUGCUGCUCUUCUCUGGACAGUGGAGCUCCACAACUUUUCCCAAGCAGUACCCACUCUUCAGGCCGCCUGCCCAGUGGUCUAAACUCAUAGUGAUCACACACGGCCCACCGUUCCGGCUCUGGCGAGAAGGUGGCCAUGCCAGCCCCGGAGUGAAGCGCUUUGCAGAAGACGGGCAGGCGGAUGAACUCGUCAAGGAGCUGACAGAGAUCAGAAAGAGCCUGAAGAUGAUCCACGCCAUCCACCAGGCCCCCAACGUGUCCAGUGGGACCGGUCGCACCGCAGCUCGGGUCCUGGUGGUGCCCAGAGCCUCAAGGAUCUCCCUGCUCAUGAAGCUCAUCCCGAGUCCCGACUGGUUUACCGGCGUCGACAGCCUGGACCUCUGUGACGGUGGCCACUGGAAGCCGAGAGUCACCUUGGAGCUGCGCCCUUACGAUGCGGGGACAGACAGUGGCUUCACUUUCUCUUCCCCCAACUUUCCCACCUCCCCGCAGGAGAACAUCACACGGAUCACAUCUCAGAGCCCCAAUCACCCCGCCAGCUCAUUCUACUACCCCAGGCUGGCAGAACUACCACCACUGGCCACGCUGACCAUCGUACGUCGGACAAAGCGGCCCACCGGACGUCUGCACCCCUCUCACCACAUGCGACGGGUGCCGGGGAUCCAGCAGUUUUCUGAAACUCCGCUGGACUGCGAGGUGUCCCGCUGGUCAUCGUGGGGCUUGUGCUCGGCCCCGUGUGCUCAGGCCGGACUUCGCCAGAGGACGCGUUUUGUUUUGCUCCGCCCGGCCAAUGACGGAGAGCCGUGUCCAGACUUGGAAGAGGAGAGUCCCUGCGUCCGGGAGGGCUGCUCUGUGGACGGUGACAGAAGGUGAAGCCCACCCAGGUCAGUCAUCCUGGU